AUGGAUCAGCCAAUGUGUAUAGAUCCGCCGAAAAGCGCGAUACAAGCACAUGCAAAACCAAUUAUGAAAACUAUUUAUGUUGCACAAAAUAAAGCAAAGUGUUUUGGUAUGAUUCCAAUGGAUUGUUUUCUAGUUAAAAUGAAACCCAACGAUAAAUGGCGAUUUAGUUAUAAUAAUAUUGAAAAGUUUCAUUAUAAAGAAGGAUUUCAAUAUACAUUAAUGAUUAAAGAAACAGAAAUUGCCAAUCCUCCUGCUGACCAUUCUUCAGUCCAAUGGGUACUUCAUCGAAUACUCAGUAAAAAGAAGAGUAAAAAUAUUAAAGCAGUUGUAGGAGGGAAUUAG